AUGUCAGGCUAUCCAGCAGGGCAUUACGAGGAUGGCUACGGCCACCAGGAGCAUGGGGGCGAUGCGUACUACCAGGACGAACAUGGCCAGGCUUAUUACGAUCCUAACGAUUACGGUGACAGCUAUUAUGAUAGAGGCAAUUAUUACAACGCAGAAGGAGGUCAGGCAUAUGGCCAAGAAGGUGGUUACUACGAUGCUGGUCACCAGGAUGACUACUACGGUGACCAGUACUAUGACCAAGGAAAUGGUGCCCCCCGCGGAAGACGCCGUGGAGAUUCUGAGGAGGAUUCGGAGACCUUUAGCGAUUUCACCAUGAGGUCAGAGACUGCUCGAGCUGCGGAUAUGGAUUACUAUGGCCGUGGAGACGAACGUUACAACAGUUAUGCCGACAGCCAGUAUGCUGGUCGUGGAUACAACGGAUACCGGCCGCCAUCUUCGCAGGUCUCGUAUGGCGCCAACCGAUCAUCUGGCGCUUCGACACCCGUAUACGGCAUGGACUACGGAAGCGCCCUUCCUGGUGGACCGCGUUCUCGGGAGCCGUACCCAGCCUGGGCAUCGGAUGGUCAGGUCCCUGUCUCCAAGGAGGAAAUCGAAGAUAUCUUCAUUGACUUGGUCAACAAAUUCGGUUUCCAGAGGGACAGCAUGCGCAACAUGUAUGACCACCUGAUGACACAGUUGGACUCCCGGGCCUCCAGAAUGACGCCCAACCAAGCCCUUCUGUCUCUGCACGCAGACUACAUUGGUGGUGACAAUGCCAACUACCGCCGUUGGUAUUUUGCUGCCCAUCUGGAUUUGGACGAUGCCGUGGGAUUCGCCAACAUGAAGCUGGGCAAAGCAGACCGGAAGACCAGGAAAGCUCGCAAAGCGGCCAAGGCGGCAGCACAGCAGAACCCUGAAAACGUCGAGGAGAACCUGGAGGCCAUGGAAGGCGACAACAGCCUGGAAGCCGCUGUUUACAGGUGGAAGAGCCGCAUGAACCGCAUGUCCCCGCAUGAUCGUGUGCGCCAAUUGGCUCUGUACAUGCUGUGCUGGGGUGAAGCUAACCAGGUCCGGUACAUGCCUGAGUGCAUUUGCUUCAUCUUCAAGUGUGCGGAUGAUUACUACAGCUCCCCUGAAUGCCAGAGCCGGGUUGAGCCGGUGGAGGAAUUCACUUACCUGAAUGAGAUCAUUACCCCCCUCUAUCAGUUCUGCCGUGACCAGGGUUACGAAAUCUUGGAUGGCAAGUAUGUUCGCCGCGAGCGUGAUCACGAGAAGAUCAUCGGAUACGAUGAUAUGAACCAGCUUUUCUGGUACCCCGAGGGUAUCGAACGCAUCUCAUUCGAGGAUAAGACUCGUCUUGUCGAUGUCCCCCCAGCUGAAAGAUGGACCAAGUUGAAGGACGUCGACUGGAAGAAAGCAUUCUUCAAGACGUACAGAGAGACUCGGUCCUGGUUCCACAUGAUCACCAACUUCAACCGUAUCUGGGUUAUUCACCUGGGUGCUUUCUGGUUCUUCACUGCUUAUAACGCCCCCACCUUGUAUACCAAGAACUACCAGCAGCAGCUGGACAAUAAGCCCGCUGGUUCAAAGUAUUGGUCUGCUGUCGGUUUUGGUGGUGCCCUGGUUGGAUUAAUUCAGAUCUUGGCAACGCUCUGUGAGUGGAUGUACGUGCCUCGCCGGUGGGCAGGUGCUCAGCAUCUCAGCAAGCGUCUUAUGUUCCUUAUCGCCGUUUUCAUUGUCAAUCUUGCUCCUGGUGUCGUGGUCUUCGGUUUCAACAAUGUUCUCAGUGAGACAAUCUGCCUCAUCAUUGGUAUCGUCCACUUCUUCAUUGCUCUGGCCACGUUCUUCUUUUUCUCCGUCAUGCCUCUUGGAGGUCUGUUCGGCAGUUACCUGAAGAAGCACGGCCGUCAAUAUGUGGCCAGUCAGACAUUCACGGCGAGCUACCCUCGCCUGAAUGGCAACGACAUGUGGAUGUCUUAUGGUCUGUGGAUCUGUGUUUUCGGUGCGAAGCUGGUCGAGUCUUACUUCUUCCUGACUCUGUCAUUGAAGGAUCCCAUGCGUAUCUUGUCGCCGAUGCGUAUCCAUCAGUGUGCUGGUGUGACAUACAUCCCGAACAGCCUUUGCCACGCCCAGCCUCAGAUUCUGCUGGGUCUGAUGAUGUUCAUGGAUUUGACUCUUUUCUUCCUGGAUAGUUAUCUGUGGUAUGUCAUUUGUAACACCAUCUUCUCGGUGGCUCGGUCCUUCUACCUGGGUGUCUCCAUCUGGUCGCCCUGGAGAAACAUCUUCUCUCGCCUACCGAAGCGUAUCUAUUCGAAGGUCUUGGCUACGACCGACAUGGAGAUCAAGUACAAGCCCAAGGUGCUCAUUUCCCAAGUUUGGAACGCCAUCAUCAUCUCCAUGUACCGUGAGCAUCUGCUGGCGAUUGAUCACGUCCAGAAGUUGCUUUACCACCAGGUUCCCUCCGAACAGGAGGGCAAGCGUACCCUGCGGGCUCCUACCUUCUUCGUUUCGCAGGAAGACCAGUCCUUCAAGACUGAGUUCUUCCCCGCGGGUAGUGAGGCUGAGCGCCGUAUCUCCUUCUUUGCCCAGUCGGUCGCUACCCCCAUGCCUGAGCCUCUUCCGGUUGACAACAUGCCCACUUUCACUGUCCUUAUCCCCCAUUACGGAGAGAAGAUUCUGCUGUCGUUGCGUGAAAUCAUUCGUGAGGAUGAGCCGUACUCUCGCGUUACUCUCCUGGAAUACCUGAAACAGCUCCACCCCCACGAGUGGGACUGCUUCGUCAAGGACACAAAGAUUCUGGCUGAUGAGACCUCACAACUCAACGGCGAACCCGAGAAGAACGAGAAGGAUGCGCAGAAGAGCAAGAUCGACGACCUUCCCUUCUAUUGCAUCGGUUUCAAGUCUGCCGCUCCCGAAUACACGCUCCGUACCCGUAUCUGGUCCUCUCUGCGCUCUCAGACCCUGUACAGAACCAUUUCCGGUUUCAUGAACUACAGCAGGGCCAUCAAGCUCCUUUACCGUGUCGAAAACCCCGAGGUCGUCCAGAUGUUUGGUGGUAACUCCGAGAAGCUCGAACGUGAGCUUGAAAGGAUGGCGCGCCGCAAGUUCAAGAUCUGUGUCUCAAUGCAACGUUACGCCAAGUUCAACAAGGAAGAGCGUGAAAACACCGAGUUCCUUCUCCGUGCCUACCCUGAUCUCCAAAUCGCUUACCUUGACGAGGAACCCCCUGCCAAUGAGGGUGAGGAGCCCCGCUUGUACUCGGCUUUGAUUGAUGGACACUGUGAGCUCCUCGACAACGGAAUGCGCAAGCCGAAGUUCAGAAUUCAGCUCUCCGGAAACCCUAUCCUGGGUGACGGCAAGUCCGAUAACCAGAACCACUCUAUCAUCUUCUACCGCGGUGAAUACAUCCAGGUCAUUGACGCUAACCAGGAUAACUACCUGGAGGAGUGUCUCAAGAUCCGUAGCGUUCUGGCUGAGUUCGAAGAACUUACCACCGACAAUGUCUCGCCCUACACUCCUGGUAUUGCCACCGAAGCUGAGACCCCAGUCGCCAUUCUCGGUGCUCGUGAAUACAUUUUCUCUGAGAAUGUUGGUGUUCUUGGUGACGUUGCUGCCAGUAAGGAACAGACGUUCGGUACCCUGUUUGCUCGUACCCUUGCGCAGAUUGGUGGAAAGCUGCAUUAUGGUCACCCUGAUUUCCUAAACGGUAUCUUCAUGACGACGCGUGGUGGUAUCUCCAAGGCUCAGAAGGGUCUCCACCUGAACGAGGAUAUUUAUGCUGGUAUGACUGCUUUGUGCCGUGGUGGACGCAUCAAGCAUUGCGAGUACUUCCAGUGUGGUAAGGGUCGUGAUUUGGGUUUCGGCUCCAUUCUGAACUUCACAACCAAGAUUGGUACUGGUAUGGGUGAGCAGAUGCUGUCCAGAGAGUACUACUAUCUCGGAACACAGCUGCCCCUCGAUCGCUUCCUGUCUUUCUACUAUGCUCACCCUGGUUUCCAUCUUAACAACAUGUUCAUUAUGUUGUCUGUGCAGAUGUUCAUGAUCGUUCUGAUCAACCUUGGUGCUCUGAAGCAUGAGACUAUUACAUGCCGUUACAACUCGAACCUGCCCAUUACUGACCCUCUGCGUCCCACGUACUGUGCUGAUCUUACCCCCAUUAUCGCCUGGGUGAACCGUUGCGUCGUUUCCAUCUUCAUUGUGUUCUUCAUCUCCUUCGUUCCCCUGGCCGUCCAGGAAUUGACUGAGAGGGGUCUUUGGCGCAUGGCUACUCGUCUGGCCAAGCACUUUGGUUCCUUCUCCUUCAUGUUCGAGGUGUUUGUCUGCCAAAUCUACGCCAAUGCUGUUCACCAGAACCUUUCCUUCGGCGGUGCUCGCUACAUCGGUACUGGACGUGGUUUCGCUACGGCUCGUAUCCCAUUCGGUGUCUUGUACUCCCGUUUCGCUGGACCAUCCAUCUAUGCCGGUUCUCGUUUGCUGCUCAUGCUUCUGUUUGCGACAUCCACUGUCUGGACACCAGCCCUGAUCUGGUUCUGGGUUUCUCUGCUUGCUCUCUGCAUUUCCCCCUUCCUGUUCAACCCCCACCAGUUUGCUUGGCACGAUUUCUUUAUCGACUACCGCGAUUACAUCAGAUGGCUGUCCCGUGGUAACUCUCGCUCGCACGCUUCGUCCUGGAUCGCCUUCUGCCGCCUGUCUCGUACCCGUCUCACUGGUUACAAGCGCAAGCUUCUUGGUGUUCCUUCGGAGAAGGGAUCUGGCGAUGUUCCCAGGGCCAAGUUCACGAACAUUUUCUUUAGUGAGAUCAUUGCCCCUCUCGUCCAAGUUGCUGUGACUUUGGUUCCUUACCUCUACAUCAACUCGAGAACUGGUAUCUCCAAUGACAACGAGCGGGCGUCAAAUGCCGUGGUUCGUAUUGCCAUCGUCGCCUUCGGUCCCAUCGGUGUUAACGCCGGUGUCUCGGGUAUGUUCUUCGGUAUGGCUUGCUGUAUGGGUCCCAUCUUUGGCAUGUGCUGCAAGAAGUUUGGUGCAGUCCUCGCUGCUAUCGCUCACGCCAUCGCGGUUAUUAUCCUGCUUGUCAUUUUCGAGGUCAUGUUCUUCCUUGAGAGCUGGUCCUGGCCUCGCAUGGUCCUGGGAAUGAUUUCUGCCGCUGCAAUUCAGCGCUUCAUCUACAAGCUGAUCAUCUCCCUCGCCCUGACCAGAGAAUUCAAGCAUGACCAGUCGAACAUCGCUUGGUGGACCGGAAAAUGGUACAACAUGGGUUGGCACUCGCUUUCCCAGCCUGGCAGAGAAUUCCUGUGCAAGAUUACCGAGCUUGGAUACUUCUCUGCCGACUUUGUCCUGGGCCAUAUUCUCCUCUUUGUCAUGCUUCCUGCUCUCUGCAUCCCCUAUGUUGACAAGUUCCACUCCGUUAUCCUCUUCUGGCUGAGGCCUAGUCGUCAAAUUCGCCCUCCCAUCUACUCUCUGAAGCAGUCUAAGCUCCGCAAGAGAAGAGUUGUCCGAUUUGCGAUUCUGUAUUUCACUAUGCUGGUUCUGUUCCUCAUCCUUCUCAUUGCUCCUCUGGUUGCCCGGGAUGAAGGCAUCAGCGUGAACCUCAACAUCAUGAGCCUUAUGCAGCCUCUGGAUACCGACAAUAACGAUACCAUCUCCAGUUACACUGGUAAUGGUCUCCCUGUCGGUUACUCUGCCUGGACCCCGUCCGCGGCGUCUGCAUCUGCUUAG